UUCUUUUCUUUGAUUUCUUUCCACUAAAUAAAGUUUUGGUAUGGCAAUUUUGGGGCUAUUGAGUUUGAGUGGGUUUGAGUGAAAUGAAUGGCAGAUGGGGAACAACCCAGUCACAGUCGUGAACCCAAGGUCUGUGACCAGCACGUUUGGUCUUCAGAUCUGCAUUUUGAGCUCAAUCUUGAGAGUAUUGAAGGUGCAUAUAGGGGAUUUAGAGUUGGAUGGUAAUGGUAAGGGUUCUGCUGAUACUUUGGAGGCUUGUGAAUCCCUGCUAGGGGCUUUAUUGAAGGUCUAUAUGUCUCCGAUGAAAGAUUGCACUGAUUUGGAUGUUGCUUUGAGUCUUGAAGGGUGUGGGUCUUCUUUCACUACUAUGGGUUCAAAGAAUCAGGUAAUAUUGAAACCUAAACUUGAAUUUGAUCUUAUUAAGAUUAUCGGUUGUGGAAAUGUGAAGAUGCUUCUGAAUAUGAUGAUGAUUGAUUAGGUUGUGAGCUUAAACUUGGUGUCUAAGGGAAUGAGUAAAUUCUAAUCUUGCAGGGAAAGCUCUGAAUGCAAGUUUUGUUACUGGUAUUUCAAAUAAUUUUUGUUGACAAAAUUCUGGAUAGGUCUGUUAUUGACAAGAUAGUGAAGCCAGUGAUGGUGGUGGUAAAGCCAUAUGGAAGUCAGUGCCAUAUGGGUGAAUGGCUCUUCCCAGUUCAAUGUGAGUUUGCCAUAUAUCUAGUCUCGAAGGCCGUCAAUCUGGCUUUCCUCAUGAUUAGAUCUCCAAUUCGGAAUUGCCAAGGUCGGACUUUCUUGUUGUAAACGUUAGCCAACUGUUGCUUGUAUGCUAAAGACCUCAAUCUAGCAGCCUCUCGCUCCUUUUUGGUUCGAUCAAUAUCGUUCCUCAGCUACUUCUUGUUAGUAUCUUCAUUAAAGUUGUUAACCCUCAUGCUGAGAACUCGUAUCUCAACUGGUAUGACAGCCUCGGUAUCCUUGUUUUUG